AUGUCUAUUUUAUUUACAACAGAAGAAUUGAAAUAAAUUGAACCACAUCCUUAUGAAUACGUAUAAACAAAAACAAAAUAUCUAGAACAAAUGAGUUCCUUUAAUUACACUAAAACUACUUAACUUCCUUUCAUUUCAGUUGCUAAAGCUUAACACAGACAAUUAAUAGAUAAAGUCAAAUAUUAUUAAUAUGAAGAAAAGAAAUAAUUACCUACACAUCAAUUUAAUACAAUUUUUGAAGAUUAAUCUCAGCCACCAAUUAAUACUGAAGAUGUCAGAUAACAAUAUUAUAAAGAAUUUAUACUCUAACCAAAGGAAGAAGAAAUAUCAAAGAAAGAUAAAGAGAAGAAUAGAUAUUUGCAUAUAUGUGGAGUCAUUAAUGCAUAAAAUUAAAUAGAUAAAAAAGAAUACAAAAAUCAUAUAAAAGAAUUGAAAUAAUUAUAAAGAGAGGUAGAGUAAAUUCAAUAAUAAACUAAAAAACCUUAUUAUCCUACAAAGGAAAUGUGUCGUAAUACUAAUUUGAUCAAUAAAUUGGCAACUCCAAUGUUGAAUAUGUAUAAUGUUUAUUUCAAAGAAAUCUUUGAUGCAUUAAUUGAUGAUAUACUUCUAGAAGAGGUAUAAAUAAAAUUCAAUAUUUUAGGUUCAAUUUUUGAAUGAAUAGUAAGAUAAAACAUUGAAUGAAAAUGUACAACCUGAAAUCCCAGAAUUUGAUAAUGAAGACAAUUAGGAGUAACUUAAUGUUGAUGUAAAAGACCUCUUAUUAGAACUUGGCAAUAUAAUGGAUGAAUAUUGA